AUGAAUGAAGGGAGCUGGUCGCCGGAGGACACAAUGGGAGGUGCCAAGGUCUUGAACAGGGAGCUCAUCACGGAGGCCGCAGCCAUUGCGUUCGCCGACCCUCACCACAUACCGGAGAGGUAUGCCCGCGCCGACGAUGCCCCGGCCGGCGGCGCCGCCGCCGCCGCCGUCGUCGGGGAUGACGAGAGCUACGUGCUGCCGGUGGUGGACAUGGCGAGGCUGCUCGACCCUGAGCACAGGGCCGUGGAGAUCGCUUGCCUUGGCUCUGCGUGUCGGAGCUGGGGUUUCUUCCAGCUGAUAAACCAUGGAGCUGAUGACGCGGUGAUUCAGCAAAUGAAAGAUGACACGGUGCAGUUCUUCGAGCUACCCGUCGAGGAGAAGAAGGCUGUGGCCGUCCGUCCAGGCGGCGGCAUCGAAGGAUUCGGCCAUCACUUCAACAGAUCAUCCACCGAUAAGCUGGACUGGGCGGAGAGCCUGAUCGUCGAGACGCAGCCGAUCCAGAGAAGAAACCUCCAAUUUUGGCCCAGUAACCCGCCCACAUUUAGGGAUUCGAUCGACAAGUACGCGAUGGAGAUGCGCAAUCUGGCAACGCGACUGCUGGGGUUCAUGGCCUGCGACCUGGGAGUGGAGCAGGGCACGCUGCUGGCCGCCUUCGCCGGGAAGCGGCAGAGCAUGGUGCUGCACCGGUACCCUCCCUGCCGCCGCCCGGAGGAGGUGGUCGGCAUCGCGCCGCACUCCGACGGCUUCGGGCUGACGCUGCUGCUGCAGGUCGACGACACGCCCGGCCUGCAGGUCAUGCUGGGCGACGGCCGGUGGCUCCCGGUGCGGCCGCUGCCGGGCGCCCUCGUCGUCAACGUCGGCGAGAUCCUCGAGGUGCUCACCAACGGCGCGUACAGGAGCGCGUUCCACAGGGUGGUGGUCGACGCGGAGAGGGGCCGGACGACGGUCGUGGUGUUCCAGGACGCCAGCGUCGGCGGAGUGGUCGGGCCGCUGCCGGAGCUCGGGGAGCCACGGUACCGUGCAAUCGGCAGGUCGCAGUACGGCAAGGGCCACGCGACGGAGAUCCUUGGCAGUGGCGAAAGGUUCAUCGACACACUCAGGACGAUCAGAUAGCCAAUGUUGUUUCCAAUUUGCAUGGUGAAUAAUCUCUCUUUGGAUGAUGUUGUCUUUGAGUAUCGUCAAAUUGAAAUUCCAGAGUGUGGAGAUGAUGGAUUCAUAUGUGUAAGAUCAUAAGCAUGAUUAAUAUUUUCUGAUAAACAAUUGGCUUGC